AUAAGAUUAAGAGCUAUGACCAAACCCUCACAAUCUCACAUGUGCUUAUCUAUUAAACGCUUUGUUUCAUAAAAAUGACACUCUCUCUAGUUUCCAUUCUUUCUUUUUCUCUCUUCUUUCUCUCCCGAUUGUCCACAUCACUCUCCGAAAGGUGCAAUGCAAAUGACAAAAAAGCCCUUCUAGAAAUCCAGAAAGGGCUAGGCAAUCCCUAUGACCUCCAAUGGGAUCCCAAAACUGAUUGUUGUACUGAUUGGAUCUCUCUCUCAUGUGAUGACAAGACCAAUCGUGUUACUUCCUUAAGCCUCUACAGAAUUGAAGAUGCCGGCCACCUCUCUCUUGCUUUUGGAGACCUUCCGUACCUCAAAAGUUUGAGCAUCAACAAUUUACGUAAUCUCUCAGGCCCGAUUCCACCCACAAUUGCUAAGCUCUCGGAGCUCACAUUCUUGAGAAUUAGUCGAACAAAAAUUUCAGGACCUGUCCCUGAAUUUCUUAGUAAGUUGAAAAAAAUAACUUACAUCAACUUGUCAUACAACUAUCUCGUUGGUACAAUCCCUCCUUCACUUUCCACAUUGUCAAAUCUCGAGUUCCUUGGUUUAGAUAGGAACAAACUCACUGGACCAAUCCCAGAAUCUUUAAGUAAGUUAGCUCCAAAACUCACGUAUCUUUACCUUGGACACAACCAACUAACAGGGGUUGUGCCGACUUCUUUUGCUGGUUGGAGCUUUGAGACAAUUGACUUGUCACGGAACAUGCUUGAAGGGGAUAUUUCAUUCUUGUUUGGCAAAGAUAAGACAACAUUUGAAAUGCUUUUGGAUCGAAAUAAGUUCAAGUUCGACUUCUCAAAGCUAACAUUUGGGAAAAGGUUAUGGAGGUUGGAUUUGAACCAUAACAAGAUUUACGGGAGCCUUCCAGCAGUCAUAACGAAACAACCAUGGCAGCUAUUUAACGUGAGUUAUAACAUGCUUUGUGGGAAGAUUCCACAGGGUGAAUUUAUGCAGGGGAUUGAUCGUUAUUCGUAUUUCCACAACAAAUGCUUGUGUGACUCUCCAUUGCCGCCCUGUAAAUCAUAAGUAUUGGCUCUACCAUUUGUUUUCAGAAAUAAGAGUAGGCUGCUCCAUGUAUUUUGUGGUCCUACAUCUAUGUAUGUAUUUCAAUCUCUCUCUUUGAAUGUUGAUAAGCCAGUGAACUUGAGGCUGCCAAGGCAUGAAAAAGUGCUUCAUGAAUGAUAUCCUUUUUUAGUAA